AUGGGAAUUUUGUCCAAGAUUGCUACCAAUGACCGCCACGGGGAAAAUUCUCCUUACUCUGAUGGGUGGAAGGCAUUUGAUAGGAAUCCUUUUCACCUUACUCGGAAUCCUGAAGGAGUGAUCCAAAUGGGACUUGCAGAGAAUCAGUUUAUAUUUUUUUUUUCUCACCUUUGCUUUGAUUUAAUCAAGGACUGGAUUCGCAAAAAUCCCUAUGCCUCCGUUUGUACUCCUCAAGGAGUUGAUAGGUUCAAGGAUAUUGCAAACUUUCAGGAUUAUCAUGGCUUGCCACAGUUUAGACAGGCUGUGGCGAAGUUCAUGGGAAGAGUGAGAGGUGGAAGAGUAACAUUUGAUCCGGAGCGUAUAGUGAUGGGCGGUGGAGCAACGGGAGCAAACGAGCAAAUCAUCUUCUGUUUAGCCGACCCUGUGGAUGCUUUUCUUGUACCCUCACCUUAUUAUCCUGGGUUCGAUCGGGACCUGGGAUGGCGGACUGGAGUUGAAAUAGUUCCAGUUCACUGCAAUAGCUCAACGAAAUUCCGGAUAACCAGGGCUGCGCUGGAAGAAGCAUAUGAAAAAGCUCGACAAGACAACAUUAAUAUCAAAGGCUUGCUUAUAACAAACCCCUCAAAUCCACUUGGCAUCACCCUAGACAGAGAUACACUUAAAAGGUUAGUGAACUUCAUCAAUGAAAAGAACAUUCACCUUGUUUGCGAUGAAAUAUAUGCUGCUACUCUCUUCAGUUCUCCCAAGUUCAUAAGCAUUGCUGAAGUUAUCCAAGAAAUGGAUUGUAAUCGCGAUCUCAUUCACAUUGUUUACAGUUUGUCUAAGGACAUGGGCUUCCCUGGCUUUAGGGUUGGCAUUGUUUAUUCUUACAAUGAUGCAGUUGUGAGCUGUAGCCGCAAGAUGUCGAGCUUUGGUUUAGUGUCCUCACAGACUCAAUUUUUACUUGCUUCAAUGCUUUCUGACGAUGAUUUUGUUGACAAGUUUCUCACGGAAAGCUCAAACAGGCUGGCCAAAAGGCACAAUACUUUUACAGAGAGACUUGAACAAGUGGGAAUCAAUUGCUUGACGGGAAAUGCAGGUCUUUUCUUCUGGAUGGAUUUGCGACACCUGCUUCAACACCAAACAUUUGAAGCUGAAAUGAAACUAUGGCACACGAUUGUGCACGAUGUGAAACUUAAUGUUUCACCAGGCUCUUCCUUCCAUUGCCAAGAGCCUGGCUGGUUUAGGGUGUGCUUUGCAAAUAUGGAUGACGAGACAGUGGAGAUUGCACUGAAAAGAAUUGAAGCGUUUGUGCUUCAAGGCAAGGAAAUUGAGAAUACAACAACAAAGAAACGCUUGCUACCAAAUCUUCGUCUCAGCUUCAAGUCAAGGAUCUGUGAACAGGGCGUUUUGUCACCCCAUGUGAUGUCUCCUCACUCACCAAUUCCUCAGUCGCCAUUGGUUCGAGCAAGGACUUAAUCAGACACAUACAGCUUC